GAGGCCACAUCACUUCACUCUCGUCACCUCUCGCAGACGGCAGACGCCAGCCAUGGCGCUCCAGAGCUAUCACCACGACGGGUUCUGCCUACUCCCUCCUCCUCUUCUUCCGGAUUGGGACUGGGAGUGGGAGCUACGCUGCACACUCGGCGACGACGCUGCUGCCCGAGAUGGCCUCCUCAUUCAUGACGCCUUCACGGCCUUGCCCUCGUGUGGGGAGUCGCCGGCGUCGUCUUCGUCGGAGGCGUCGAGCGGCGGCGGGGGCGGGGGCGGGGGCGGGGGCGGCUACCUGGAGGACGCCGUCGCCGACUGGAGCGACCGGUGCAAGCGGCGGAGGACGGAGGAGGAGGAGGCUCCGCCGCCGCGGUGGCCGGCCAUGGCGAGCGAGGACCUGCAAUCCCUUCUACAGAGCUUCUGGGAUCCUAGCAGCGGCGAGGGAGAUCUCCUCCAUGGUUUGAACACCACCAUGGUCCCCGACACGGAGAUCGGCAGCUUCGUCUCAGAGGUAGACGACGACGCAUCGGGCAGGGAGAAGGAGCAGAUGCAGGGGCCCCCCAGCACACAGGUGCUGAGCGAGGGCGAAGCUGGUGAAGAUGCAGCGGCAGCGGCAGGCCCCCCUCCUCCCUUCUCCGCCACCGGAGCUCCUCCGCCUGGAUCAUCGCCACUGCAAAAGGCAACUACAGGGGGUGGCAGCCAUUACUGCGACCAGGCGACCUCCUCGUCCUCUUCCUCGCUGCCAGCGGCAGGGAAGAGAGACGGAGUGAUGUACCCGUUCGCCGUCGUCAAGCCGCUGGUGCUGGAGGGAAGCACGCUCAGCGACGUCAACUGGCGGAUGCUCAAGCGGCCGGCGAGGCCGGUGCGUCACCCCGUCGGUCAGUUCGCGUGCGGCCCCGUCGUGUCGUCGGCGCAGGGGCCAGGGCUCUCCGGAAAAGCCGUCGUCAGCCUCACCAAGAUCAGGACGGGAGGGAAGGGCACCAUAACCAUCAUCAGAACAAGAGGCUGAACAUAAGCUCAAGAGGAAGAAAAUAACAAUGGGCUAGAAAUGAGAGGCCAACUCUUCUUCUUCUCUGGAUCAUCAUGAGAUUAGUAGUAUUAUCCCUUGUAAAUACGUAGGCUUUUACUGCUUGUUCGUGACAAGCUUAACCCAGCUGAAAAUAAACAUCGGCCUCUCCAUCAUGGUCUUGUUGUGACAAGCUUAACCCCACUGAAAAUAAACAUCAGCCUCUCUGCUGAUGGUCGCACCCGCUUCAGUAUUACUCA